GACAGCAGCGGUUUGUUUGGGGCUUUGCUUCGCCAAGAGGCAUUUGCACGCGCGAUUCACGGCGGAAUAGUAUUUUUCACGUGCGUUCGGUGAAUUUCCCUCUGCAAUUUCCAUCCCCAAAUAGCGCACCACAAUGUCGGAACCCAGCUCGAAGGACACGGUGCUGAAAACGGCAAUGAUUUACGUGUGCGGAGAAUGCCACCACGAGAAUGAGAUGCGCCCGAGGGAUCCGAUCCGUUGCCGUGAGUGUGGUUACCGUAUCAUGUACAAGAAGCGCACGAAGCGACUUAUCGUCUUUGAUGCCCGAUAGACGGAAGGAGAGACUGUUGCAACGCUGUUUUGACCACGUAUCUUGUAAGAACCUUUCCAUAGAUUGUUCGGAAGCAGUAAAAACGCCGAAACAGAAACAAUAAAUCGGUAUUGAUAUAUAUCUCUCUCA